AUGGGUGUUUGUGUGACUAAAAUGGAAGCAUAUGAUCAUUUGAAAGUGGUAGGAUUUAUCAAGGGUUAUAAUAAUUGGAUAGCACAUGGAGAACUUUCAAACUACAAUGAAGCCACAUCUAAUUCUAAAAAUACAUCAAUUGGGGUUUCAAAUGGGACUAAUGACAUGCAAGACUUGGUCCAUGAUGUAUUUGGGAUACCACAUGGAACAAAUGAAUUGAAUAGAGAAGGGGACAUUCCUGUUUCAGAGGCUGAAAAAUUUUACAAAUUGAUUGAUGAUUUUCAACAGGAUUUGUACAAUGGUUGCAAAAAUUUCUCGAAGUUGUCUUUCAUUAUUCGUUUGCUUCACCUAAAAUGCCUUGGUAAGAUGAGUAACAAGAUUUUUAAUAUGAUUGUUGAGCUGUUGAGAGAAGCAUUUCCGGAGGCCAUGACUAAUUUGCCUUCUUCUUACUAUGAGGCUGAGAAAUUGACGAAUACAUUGGGAUUGGGUUAUGAAAAGAUCGAUGCAUGUCCUAAUGAUUGUUCUGUUUAUUGGGUAGUGCUGAAAAAAGAACUUCAUGUGAAACAUGUAACGAGCUUAGAAUUUGCUAAGGAUUGUCGAAAUGUUAGAUUGGGGUUGGCAUCUGACGGGUUUAAUCUAGCUGAUUCUCCAGCUUGGCAAACUUUUGACCAUCUACAUCCAAAAUUUGCUCAGGAUUGUCGAAAUCAACCGUAUUUCAUGUUGUCCUUGUUAAUACCCGGACCAUCCUCUCCUGGGAAUAAUAUUGAUGUUUAUCUACAGCCUCUAGUUAAAGAACUAACCGAAUUGUGGGAUUUUGGCAUUCAAACUUAUGAUGCAUCCCAAAAAGAAAAUUUACAACUGCAUGCGGCUCUAUUGUGGACCAUUAGUGAUUUUCCUGGAUAUACAAUGUUAUCUGGGUGGAGCACUAAAGGUGAAUAUGCUUGUCCUGUUUGUCACAAGUUCACUUAUGCACGACGGUUGACUCAUAGUUUCAAAUAUUGCUAUAUGGGUCAUCGAAGAUUCUUAGAUAGUAAAUAUAAAUUUAGAAAGCAAGUCCAAUUCUUUGAUGGCACCGAAGAAUAUGGAAAGCAACCACCUUUGCAAACUGGGGAUAUGAUUGUGAGUGAAUUGGGAGACUUGCAAAUUAAAUUUGAAAAACUUGUGAAAGGUAAUCCGAAUCUGCCUUUUAAUUGGAAAAAGAGGAAUAUUUUCUUUGACUUGCCAUAUUGGAAAGAUAAUGUCUUAAGACACAAUCUUGACUUCAUGCACAUUGAGAAAAAUGUUUGUGAAAACAUUUGGGGGACAUUGCUGGAUAUUGAGGAUAAAGCAAAGGACCAUUAUAAUUCUCGCUGUGAUUUGAGAGAAAUGGGAAUAAGAAAAGAGCUGCAUUCCAUUGAGACAGAACCUGGAAAUGUGUACUUACCUCUAUCUUUCUUUGCAAUGGAUAAAAAACAGAAAACUAUGUUUUGCAAUGUGCUAAAAAAGGUGAAAGUUUCAGAUGGUUAUGUAGCUAACGUCUCAAGAUGCGUUCGAGUAAAACCACCAAGAAUUUCAGGGCUUAAAAGUCAUGAUUAA